GCCAGAGCCAGAAUUUGAAACCAGACGAGGAUGCUGAGGCCCAGAGAGAAGAAGUGACUUGGACAGGGACACACAGCAAGGAGAGGUGGAGCUGGGCCUCUAGUUUGAAAAUCCUGACUCCACACCUGGUGUUGGUGCCAAGACCCCAGGCUGCUUCCCAGAUCCUCUGGGACAGCCCCUGCUUUCCACCAGCCAGGAUCAUGGGCAGCAACAAGAGCAAGCCCAAGGAUGCCAGCCAGCGGCGCCGCAGCCUGGAGCCCUCCGAGAACGCCCAUGCUGUAGGAGGGGGCGCCUUCCCCACCUCCCAGACCCCCAGCAAGCCAGCUUCGGCCGACGGCCACCGCGGACCCAGCGCAGCCUUCGCCUCCGCCGCCGCAGAGCCCAAGCUGUUCGGAGGUUUCAACUCCUCGGACACGGUCACCUCCCCGCAGAGGGCGGGGCCACUGGCUGGCGGAGUGACCACCUUUGUGGCUCUCUAUGAUUAUGAGUCACGGACGGAGACUGACCUGUCCUUCAAGAAAGGGGAACGGCUCCAGAUUGUCAACAACACAGAGGGAGACUGGUGGCUGGCCCACUCGCUCAGCACCGGACAGACAGGCUACAUCCCCAGCAACUAUGUGGCGCCCUCUGACUCCAUCCAGGCCGAGGAGUGGUACUUUGGCAAGAUCACCAGACGAGAGUCCGAGAGGUUACUGCUCAACACCGAGAACCCGAGAGGGACCUUCUUAGUACGAGAAAGUGAGACCACAAAAGGUGCCUACUGCCUCUCUGUGUCCGACUUCGACAACGCCAAGGGCCUCAACGUGAAGCACUACAAGAUCCGCAAGCUGGACAGUGGUGGCUUCUACAUCACCUCCCGCACCCAGUUCAACAGCCUGCAGCAGCUGGUGGCCUACUACUCCAAACACGCCGACGGCCUGUGCCAUCGCCUCACCACCGUGUGCCCCACGUCCAAGCCGCAGACUCAGGGCCUGGCCAAGGAUGCCUGGGAGAUCCCUCGGGAGUCACUGCGGCUUGAGGUCAAGCUGGGCCAGGGCUGCUUUGGAGAGGUGUGGAUGGGGACCUGGAAUGGCACUACUAGGGUGGCCAUCAAAACCCUAAAGCCGGGCACGAUGUCUCCAGAGGCCUUCCUGCAGGAGGCCCAGGUCAUGAAGAAACUGAGGCACGAGAAGCUGGUGCAGCUGUAUGCAGUGGUGUCUGAGGAGCCCAUCUACAUUGUUACGGAGUACAUGAGCAAGGGGAGUUUGCUGGACUUUCUCAAGGGGGAGACAGGCAAGUACCUGCGACUGCCUCAGCUGGUGGACAUGGCUGCUCAGAUCGCUUCAGGGAUGGCAUAUGUGGAGCGGAUGAACUAUGUCCACCGGGACCUCCGUGCUGCCAACAUCCUGGUGGGCGAGAACCUGGUAUGCAAGGUGGCUGACUUUGGGCUGGCCCGGCUCAUUGAAGACAACGAGUACACAGCCCGGCAAGGUGCCAAAUUUCCCAUCAAGUGGACGGCUCCAGAAGCUGCGCUCUAUGGCCGAUUCACCAUCAAGUCGGAUGUGUGGUCCUUUGGGAUCCUGCUGACAGAGCUCACAACAAAGGGACGGGUCCCCUACCCUGGGAUGGUGAAUCGUGAGGUGCUGGACCAGGUUGAGCGAGGCUACCGGAUGCCCUGCCCACCCGAGUGUCCUGAGUCCCUGCAUGACCUCAUGUGCCAGUGCUGGCGGAAGGAGCCAGAGGAGCGGCCUACCUUCGAGUACCUGCAGGCCUUUCUGGAGGACUACUUCACGUCCACUGAGCCCCAGUACCAGCCCGGAGAGAACCUCUAGGAGCAGGAAGGGCCAGAUGGACUUCUUGGCUUGGAUCCUGGUCUGGGGGACCCCUUAUGUGGGUCUUGCCUCCUGUUGCCUGCCCAUGUGGGCCCUCCCUCUGUGGAGCUGAAUUGCCGGGGCCAGACCCCUCCCUCUUUUGUGGCAUGGAAGGGCUUUGGGACAUGCUGGAGCCUGUGAGGGCAGGGCCAAGGCCAGCACAGUGACUCUGUUGCAGCUCCUGGGACGUAUGCCCCCUCUCUGGGUUCUCUCCCUAGGUUCACCAGUCUUUGGAGAAGGAGCCGGGAAGAGUGUCUGGACUAGGGCUGGGCACCCUCUUUCUGUGCAUCAAGGUCCUUUUCUACUUGCCAUGCCCCCCAGGUCUGUCUCAAGAGCUGGCCAAAGAGCCUUUCCAAAGAGGAGCGAAGGGCCCCUGGCCCUUAGCCUGCCUGCCACCCUGCCCCUUGCCAUCCACUUUGGAAACAUCUGUAGGCGGAGGCCAUCAGGGCCAGACCCCCCUGCUGUCGCUCCCAGGCUGGGGGCCUGAGUUCGACGUGAUGCUGGUGGGUGUGAUGAGCACCCCUCAGACCCUGCCCUUCUUAGAUCUGAGGAACCCUUAGGGAUCUUCAGUUGCUUGCCCCCGUUUUACCCAUGGGGAGACUGAGUCCAGAGAGGGAUUGUGACUUGCCACAAAGAAAUUCAGGGUUGAAGUGAGAUUGGAACCUGGUGCUUCCACUGUCUUCCUCAGGAACCAAUGAGAAUCGUCCUCUGAGGCAUCAAGGACAGACGAGGACAGUCCAGGGGGCAAGGGUGGGUUAGAGAUAGUGAGUUCUGCAGCUGCUGCCCACUUGACUGGGCUGUUGUGGGGGAAGAGAUUGGAGGCAGAUGUGAGGCUGAGCUGGGAAUAAGAGGGGAGGUGCAGGUGUAGAGAGGCAGGCUUCAAUCAGGAUGUGGGUGGCUUUUGACCUUCAGAGCCAGCUAGCCAUGAAAGAGUGAGCUCCCAGGCUCUGGAGGCGAUCAAGCAGAAAUAGAAGACCCAAUAGGCUGGGAGACCCUGGCCCUGACCUCCGGAGGGAACCCCAGGUCCUCCUUUCCCCACUUUGUCCUGUGCCAUUUCAAUGCCUGGCCUCUGGUCUCUUGGCACCCAUUUACUUAUGAGAAGAGAGAGAAGUACUUACUGGGGUGAAAGAGGAUGAGGAGCCCACUGCCAUGCACCAGGAUUGGCUGUGUGACCUUGGGCAGCCCCUGCUUUAUCUCUGGACUGUAGUGUCUGCCCCAUGUGUGGCAUGAUCUCUGCAAGCUCCUGUCCUGACCAGACCCUGUGGCAAGACAUCCAUGGGGAGCCCAACCCUGCAACAUCAGGCGACUGUUUUGGGUGUGGCUCCACUGUUUAUCUGGACGGCUUCUCCCUGGGCCUCAGUGUGCCCAUCUGUAAAAGGGCAGACAAGUUUGUGGCAUCCUGACAAGGGUCUCCAUGUGUGUAUGUGUGUGCACGUGUGUGUCUUCAUGUGUGUCCAUAUUUAACAUGUAAAAACGCCCCCCCAUCCCCCAGACACAUUGUACAUUUCACCCAUGGCACCCCAUGUCAUAGCAAUAACAUUCCCACUGUCAAGGGUUCUUGAGCCAGCCAGGCCCUGCCAGUGGGGAAGGAGGCCAAGCAGUGCCUGCCUAUGAAAUUUCAACUUUUUCUUUCAUACGUGUUGAUUACCCAAGUCUCCCGUCCAUCGCAGUCAUAUCUGGGCUCGCUCACCCCAGCGUGCUCUCAAAUCCCCUCCAACUGCCCAGGGCCCUUUCUAUAAGGUGUCCUAAUACUGUCCUUUUUAUAAAAAAACAAAAAAACAGUGUUUUGUAGAUUUCAGAUGACUAUGCAGAGGCCUGGGGGACCCCCGGCUCUGGGCAGGGCCUGGGGAUCCCAAAUUCCAAGGCCCAGGCUUGGGGGGAGGAGGGUAGGGAAUCCAGAAUUGGUUGUAAAUACUUUGCAUACUGUCUGAUUAAACACAAACAGACCUCAGAGUUUG